AUGGCUUACGUGUCUAGUUCAUUGGAAGCGCAGGCUCAGGAGUUUCUCCUGCCACAGCAGGCAAACCUGGAGAUACAACAGCCCACGCCCAUCUCGCCCCGACCCAUGCAACUCCAUCUCCAGACCAAUAAUCUUUGGGACGAUACAAUGCCACAGGCCAACAGUGACAUGUGGAACUACCCACUGAGUCCGGCUUGCCUCUCCGAUAUGGGCCCUGAGCUGGAUCCAAAUUGGCCCAAGUAUGCGAGCGAUGUAGAGUCAGACUACAUCUCCGGAAUUUCUAGAGCCCACACGUUUCCUCAGCAGAUGCCCAUGGACAUGGACAGCCAAGAACUCUUCAGCCCGAUUCCACACAUCCAGAUCACAUCACAUGAUGCUUCACCCAUGAACAGCCCAAUGUUGCAGCCAGCUUUCGACCUUCCCAUUCGAAACCUCCAAGAAGAGCUGCCGCCGCUGCAAGUACCAACUAGCACGCCUAUGGAUUACUACAAUGUCUAUCUCUCGCCCACUGACCAACCACCAACGACUUCCCGCCGUUCAUCUGUCAGCUUUGGCAACAACAACAGCAGCAGCAGCAGCCAUGUCGCGGAUUGGACUCGCAAUACUGCUUCUACUAAGCGCCGCCACACGACCUGUUCCCUCACCAAUCCGCACACCAUUGAGAACAGCGAACUCAGCUGGAUGCUCAAUUCGCCUCGCACCACCAGCUAUCUCAAGCACUAUAUGAAUAUCAUACACCCACUCUACCCCUUCCUCCCCAACAGCAGCCACGGAGCCCAACCCCUCCCUUCCGACACAUCCCCCUUCGCCGAAACAACCCAAGGCAUCGACACCUACCAGCGCCUCCUCACCGCCGCCAUCGGUGCCCUCCAACAACACCGCUCGCGUGACAUUUCGGCGCGCUACGUCCGCCACGCCAUGGCCCUCCAGCAUGCCCAAAAUUUCGAGCUCUUCGCCAGCAUUUCCGGCAUUCACGGCGCAGUGCUGCUGGCCAUCUACCUCCUGCGUGAGGAGAUGGACGUCUCCGCCCCAGAAGAGGAAGAUACCAGCCAUCCGGACGUCAACCUGUGGCUGUGGAGUUGCCGCAUCGCAGCGGCGUGCAUCGACUUGGGCCUACAUUGCUGGCCGCAGCACGACGCAGCAGACAGUGAUGACGAUGAGGUCGACCAUGAGCAGCAGCAACAGCAGCAACAGCAACAGCAGCGGCCGCUGGCCGCGCUAUGUAUGAACACGUUUCGCAGCGCGUGGCGCCUGGAUCACGAGAUCAGUACGCGUCGACGGAGGCCCAGGGCGUUGCACGAUGGGGAUAUAGAGCCGAGAAUGCUGGCUUGGGUGAAAGGCGAGCAUGAUGAGGGUUUUUAA